CCGCCAUGGCCAUGGUGGCGCGGGCGCUGUGGGCGCUGCUGGCGGCGCUGCGGGCGGGCUGGUGCCUCCUGCCGCAGAGCGGCUACCUGCACCCCGAUGAGUUCUUCCAGGCACCCGAGGUGAUGGCAGGAGAUAUUUUAAACCUACAGGUCUAUUAUCCAUGGGAGUUCCUUUCCAGCUCUCCUUGCAGAACAGUUGUUUUCCCAUUAAUGACAUCAGGAGUUACKUACUGGGUGAUCAAGUCUUUGCAGCAGUUGGACAUAUGUUCAAGUUGCAUCAACAGCUACACUCUUCUUGUAUCUCCUCGCCUGCUCUUUACAAUCUUUUCUUUCAUACUCGACUAUAGUGUUUAUCGAUUAGCCCCUUUCUGGGGAGCAGAUCCGUGGAAAGCGCUGGUACUUCUUGCUGGAUCAUACGUCACUCUGGUGUUUUAUACAAGAACGUUUACCAACACGCUUGAAGGACUYCUCUUUGCUCUUCUCAUGGUACUGGUUUCUUCAACAAAGUCCAGUGGCAGCUCAGCAGAGCCUACAAGCAGCUCUCUCAUAGGUGUCAUAACAACUGCUGGGUUUUUCAACAGGCCAACCUUUCUGGCAUUUGCUCUAAUGCCCCUGCUUUACUGGGCCAGUUUAAUAGUUGACUCUCAAAAGAGCAUUAAAACUCUCAUAAACCACUUUUUGAAGCUUAUCCUAUGYGCAUGUUUUACUGCUAUUGUCUUCAUAACUGCUGACACUUUCUAUUUUACUUCUGUGAGCUUAGACAACCUCUACAGCACUAACCAGAGCAGCCUAAUUGAUGUAAUAUCUCAAUUACAUGAGAAAAUGAUAGUAACCCCCUUCAAUUUUCUCAGCUAUAAUCUUAAUCCUCAUAAUCUUGCACUGCAUGGAAGUCACCCACGAGUUACACAUUUUACAGUCAAUGGAGUAAUGCUGUUUGGRAUCUUACAUAUUAUGGCCGUUAGUGCUGGCUUUAGAAUGCUAAAGAAAUAUGUCCAUCAAUUAAUGCAGGUCAGAUGGUGUUACCAUGGGCUGCCUGCACUGUUGGUGCAUUCUGAGGGCAGUUCAACAUUGCUGCUGUUUUAUUUUGUUCCUUUGGCAUUUCUCUCCCUAUUCAGUCACCAGGAGCCUCGAUUUCUCAUUCCUCUCAUCCUGCCAUUGGUCCUGUUCAGCGCGUCACCGAACAGAACUGUGAAAUGGAAAUUCCUCAUUGUUCUCUUCAAUCUUCUGGGGGCACUUCUGUUCGGGUGCUUACAYCAGGGAGGGCUGAUUCCCUGUUUGUUUCAUUUGGAGCAACUCAUCCAUUCCCCAGCGUCCACAAGCCAUCCAAGGCACUACACACUACUCUUUGCUCACACCUACAUGCCUCCAAGGUCUCUGCUUAAUAUCAAGAAGACAGAAAUGCAUGUGGAAGUCAUCGACAUGGCUGGGUCUGGAGAAGAAACCCUCUGCCGGACAGUAGAACAGCAAGCAAGCAAUUUUACCUGCAGUGACUGUCACAUCUUUAUUAUAAUCCCUGGUACAGUCAGAGCCACAAUUACAAAAUGUGGUGUCUCACUGAAGAAUGAGACUUUGAUAUUUCCACAUUUAUCAAUGGAGGACCCACCAGAAAUACCCAUCCUAUCCAGUGGAAAUUGGAGAAGUCAAUUAGGMCUUUACAUCCUUGAGCUAGAGAGAGAUCAUCAGAGCCUGUAGCUUUUAGAACAAUGUUUUAGUUUUGUACUUCAUUUGGGUGCUGUCUGAAGGUGCUGUGAGRCCUUCCUCUUCACACAUUCCCCUUUCAGCACUGGCAGUGGCACUGGGAGCUCUCCCAUGUCUCUUUAUUCCCGUUCCUCAUGCUCUUAGUGUAGCCAGUUCUGGAUAGAACCUGCUUGAAAUUUUACUUACUCAGCCCUGUGGUGUUUCAUAUGAACUUCUGUAAUUUUCCUGAUGAGAGAGGAUGACAUCAGAGCCUACCAAAACUGUGAYUGAAGCUUAGCUAUUUCCAUGUGAGAUUUAUUUUUAAAAGCUCUUAUAAUCUCUGACAGGGUUUGGGGUGUUUACUGAUAAUAGGCAUUAACUCAGCCUCUGAAGAAAGGUUACAAAGCUGGUCUGAUUCAGUAAGCUUUUAUGUUCUUAAAAAUUCAUUAGACCAUACUGCACUAGAGUACAGGCACCAGCACUGUACCACUGCCUUGGGUGGGUCCGUCUUGAAAAAUCCCAGCACUGAUCUGGCAGAAUCUGAUUUAGAACAUGGAWGAUGCUUCAGCCUAAGUACUUGUGCUAAAUCCUAAAAUCCAAGCUUUGCCUGUUUAGCCUCUCUUGCCACAGUUCCAUCCUUGUCAGCGUGCUCGCCACGUACCGCCCCCAGCAGCUUGGGAGGGCAGUGCUGUGAUGGCAUUAAGCGUGUCCAGUGUUCUGCAGCUGCAGCUYGGGCACUCCUUCCCUCGAAUGCUCCCACCACAUGUCUCAGCUGUCACUGCUCUGUCAUUACUGUCACCCCGACAGAGAACACAGCAGGUCCUGCAGGAGCUGGAUUGAGGAGCUGCGCAGACAGGAAGUGGGUAACUCGGAGGGAUUUGGUCCUUUGUGUCAAAGGUUCAAUUAAUGGGCUCGCCACA